CCUUUAUUACCAUACACGGAGCUCUCGAAGAAUUCAUUAAACACCAUGGAGUAUAUACCUGAGAAAAACCAGUUAGUACUAGCUAUCCGGAAAAUGAACUGGGAAGCAGUUAUAAGCGUUUUGCAAACGGAACCACAAUUGGUUAAUACUUACGAUCAGUUCCACCAGACGCCGUUAAUGCUCGUCCUUGUGUUCUGGUGGAGCGUACAAGACAACGAUUUGGAGAUGAUGAUUGACGCAGCAACAAAGAAGAACAUAGAACACGAGGACGAGGAGCGUCGAACUAUUCUCCAUUACUUGGCGAGGCGCGGACGUGUAUCAGCAUUAAGACGCGCGCUGCAAAAAUCAAACAUCAAAGUUAAUGGGGGCGACUUCGAUGGACGCACACCACUACAUGAAUGUCUAGAUAAUGAGAACCGCUGUUAUGAAGAACACCGCGAAACAGCAAUUUGCCUCAUGGAACAAGGCGCAUUAUUAAUAAAAGACAACAAAGGAAAGACGCCUCUUGAUUUGUAUGAUAAGAAUAAAUGUUUUAAAUACGGCGGUCGAUCGAUCAGACGUGAGAAGAAGGAAGAACUGAAAAAGUUACUUUUAGCCAUGACACUUCCUGCACAAAUUAAAGCCAGAGGAAAAGAUGCAGUUACUGCCUUCGCCAAUGAAAUUGAAAAAGGUGAAAUAACGUUGGUAAAUAGCAGAGUGAUGUUUCUAGGAAAGGAAGGGGCUGGUAAAACCAGCCUUGUAAAUUCCAUUUUUGGAAAACAAUUCAAUAAAAACGAACCAUCAACGGAUGGUAUUGUAACAACAACGGUAUUUCAAACUGGUGAAGACUGCAGCAAGUGGGAGGAACAUAAGGAUGUAGACGUGAGUGAAUUAACCAAGCAAAUACGAGAGUAUAAUAUAGCAGAACAUAUUGCAAGGAAGUUGGAACCACCAGAAAGCCAGGAAACCACAUCUAUGUCCGUAUCACCCAGUUCUGCAGCAUCUCCAAUGGUAACAUCAGAGGAAGCUAGAAGUCUAACUUCAGAGGAAAGAGAAACUUCUGAUGUUUUUCAGAGCGCUGCAAACGUAUCGACUAGACAGUUCGAUAGACUCCCAGAAGAAAUUGUUAAAAAAGUUGUUGCUAAACUUGACUACCAUAAUCCUAAACGCGGCCAUUUUAAACGAUUCUUUAAGAAAAUAACGAGAAAGAAGACUACUGACAAAAUACCGAGUGACGUAACAUGUAUGUGGGAUUAUGCAGGCCAAAUCUCAUAUUAUAUAACUCACAGGUUUUUCUUGACAGAUGGAUCGUCAUAUGUCGUUGUUUUUAGUUUGUUUGACCCUUUGAAUGAAUUGGCAAAAUCAAGAGGUCCACUGAAAGAUCAGUUUGAAAUGACUAAUCUCCAAAUGAUUAUUUUCUGGAUACGGUCAAUAUAUGAGCACGCUGUACUACAAUAUAAUGCAAGUACGAAAUUGAUAAAUGACACGAUAGCCUCACCCACAAUCAGUUUGGUUGGCACUCACAAAGACAAAUUAGAGGGAAGUGAGGAGGAUAAACAGAAUCAGAUUGAAGCAAUAUUCAAAAUAAUAUUUGAAGUAAUCAAAGGGAUGCCAUUCGAAGUUCACGUAGAUAGAACGAUGUAUGCUGUAGAUAAUACAUCAGCAAAUGACAAAGGGAUUGAAGAAUUGAAGAAAAAUCUCGGAGGUUACACAAAGCAAAUGGCAAAAACAGUUCCCACAAAAUGGGUUGAUUUCCAGUCGAAAAUCCAAGAAGUUGGGAAAACAACACUGCGCAUGUCCUUAGACGAGGUCACUAAGAUUGCUGUUGAUUGUGGAAUUCAGAACGAAAACACCAUCCACAUUCUCAACUAUUCAAAUGAUUGCGGAAUCAUUAUGUAUUCGCCAACUAACAUCAAGUUGAAGAACACUGUGAUUACUAACGUGCACAUGUUGAUUGAAAUCUUCACAAAAGUAAUCACAACAGAAGAUAAGAGACCCGCAAUGAUGAAGUUAUGGCAUCUGCUUGAUAAAGGCAUUCUGAGUGAGACAUUGCUACGUCAUCUGUGGAAACAUGAGUUGGAGGAAGACGCUAGCAGCUUUGACAUUUUUGUCGAAUUGAUGAAGGUUUUUGGACUGCUCUUUGAGAAGCAAACGCUUGAAAUAACGCAUCGGAUUGUAGUAGAUGCAAAUGAUAAACAAGUAAUAUCAGAACCACACCCGAGUGUCUGCAUGGAGGUAUUAAACUACUUGAAGCAUCAACUGAAGACUGUGUAUGGUACAACAGAAGGGAUCGGCUACAAAUUACGCGUCUUGUGCAGCGUAUGUCAACCAACACAGCAACCUCAUCUGCAUGAUCUUGAGGAUUGUCUGAAAAAAGAUAAAGUUUCGUGUGGAAAGAUGUCAAUGCAGACUUUUCGUUUCAAAAGACUUUUUUCAACAGAAUUUGUCGAAGAGAUCAAGAAUUUUCAG